AUGAGUAUAGGCAUAAUUAAGGCUAAAUGUGUCUCCAUUCCUUCAUCAAAUAAUGCUCCUGGUGCUAUGCCCAUACUAUUGACUUUGUAGAAUUUAGAAAAUGAUAGUACAAUUAUGAAAAUAAAAUAUUUUUACUAGAGAAUCAAAAUGAACCAAAACAAGGAGAAUUAAUUUUCAUUCCGUUUAUUAAUGAAAGAGAUAGAAUGAAUAGGCUUUUUUAAGCAGAUAAAUACUCGACUCCUAAAAAAUAAAACUUCUAAUAAGUUCAAGAAACAACUAACGAAAAAUGGAUUUAAAAUGAUCCUAUGAAAUUGAAAUUGCCAACUAAAAGGCUAUCAUUAGAAGAUAGAAAUAUUAGUAAUCAUUUUUAUUUAUUUAGGUAAGUUUAGAAGUAGAUCUAAUGCUGAAAUAAGAAUGAAAGUCAUUUAAUUAACUACAGAAAGAUAAUCUUUAUUAUUCUCUUAAGAUUAAUCAAUUUAACCUUAAUUUGAAGAAUAUAAAAAAGCUGUCUAUGAAAAUAUAUUAAAUAAAAAGAAACAAAUUAUUUAAUCUCCACCUUAACAUUUAAUUGUCAAACAAUAAAAUUCUGAUAAUUUGGAACUAUUACCAAUAUCAACACUUGAAAAAUUAAAAUAAUCUAGAUCUCCUUCUUUUAUUUUUAUAAAAAAAUAAAUUUAACAAACUCCUUCUAAACAAUAACAUUUACUAAAUUUUAAAUUACCUUCUCUUAUUCAAAAAGAGUAUAUUAAAUAAUUCUUAGAUAAUAAUAAAAAAAUUAAAGAUCUGAUAUAAGAAUAAAAUGAUGAAAAAUUUAGAUUUCCUUCAGAUUUUGAACCAAAAAUUGUAGAAAUGAAAAAAUAGUUGAAAAAAAUGAAAAGCAAACUUAAAAAUUGGGAAACUCAUAGAGAAGCUACAGAUAAUAAAGUAUUUUUAAAAGAAAUUGCAUCUGGUAUAUUAAAUAAAUGA